AUGUCCCAGAUACAAAAAGCUUUGGUCCUCCCGGAAGCCAAUGCGAGCUUCGCAGUAGUUGAUAAACCCAUCCCCUCCCCCGGCCCGGACGACCUGCUCAUCAAAGUCGACGCGACCGCACUCAACCCCGGCGAGUGGAAGAUGUGGAAAGUCAAGGAAUUUGCGCGCUUCGUGGAACAGUAUCCCACCGUGUUUGGCGUGGACAUCGCAGGCACAGUCGUGCGAGUCGGCGAAGGGGUCACCGGGUUCGCUGAGGGUGAUAGGGUAAUUACGCAAGGACAUUUCUCACAGGACAGAGGCGGCUAUCAGCACUAUACGCUGGCCCUAGCGGACUUCAGCACAAAGAUCCCCGCCUGGCUAUCGUCGGACGAAGCCGUUUCUAUCCCCAGCGCGGUCGUCACCGUCGGGUUUGGGUUAUACAACCCAGCGCCCAGCGGGGCAGGCCUCACCCCUCCCUAUGAGGCAGGCGGGCGCGGGAAGUACGCAGGCAAGCCUUUCCUCGUCUUCGGCGGCGCAUCCUCCAAUGGGCAGCUGGCCAUCCAAUUCGCGAGGAUAUCAGGGUUCUCUCCGAUCAUCUCCACGGCCUCGCCUCGCAAUGAGGCCCUCCUCAAGUCCCUCGGCGCAACGCACGUCGUCGACCGUUCCUCGCCGAACGUGAGAUCAGAUGUAUCAGCCAUUACCGAUGGUGCACCGCUGGAAGUGAUCUACGACGCGGUCAGCUUGGAGGAGACGCAGCAGGCGGCGUGGGACCUGCUCGCGCCGGGCGGAGUGCUCGUCCUCACCCUUCCGCCGGUGAUCAACGUCGAAGGCGACAAGAGCACAGGGCACAGGGACGCUGCGAAGAACUUGUUUGCGGCCCUUGGAGAUUGGCUUGCGCGAGGAGAUAUCAAGCCGAACCCCAUCCGCGUGCUCCCGGGAGGGUUAAAGAGUGUGCCGGAGGGAUUGAAGGAGCUAGCGGAGGGAAGGGUCAGUGGGCAAAAACUCGUUGUGCACCCACGGGAGACAUAG